CGCCACCUCACGGUCCUGGGCACGGGUCCCGGUAAGGCUGGGAAUGUCCCGGGCGGAGGCAACUCAUACUUGAGUAGCGCACCACCCUGCACGGUUGAGUUGCAGGGCCCGGGAGGCUCACUGUUUCGAGAUGGCCGGACAGGCAAACAAGGAUGUGAAGUACUACACCCUGGAAGAGAUUCAGAAGCACAAAGACAGCAAGAGCACUUGGGUGAUCCUGCACCACAAGGUGUACGAUCUGACCAAGUUUCUGGAAGAGCAUCCCGGUGGGGAAGAAGUUCUAAGAGAACAAGCCGGGGGCGAUGCUACCGAGAACUUUGAGGAUGUUGGGCACUCUACUGACGCACGAGAACUGUCCAAAUCGUACAUCAUCGGGGAGCUCCACCCAGAUGAUAGAUCAAAGAUCGCCAAGCCUUCGGAAAGUCUCAUCACUACCGUGGACUCUAAUUCCAGUUGGUGGACCAACUGGGUGAUCCCAGCCGUCUCAGCCCUGGCUGUCGCCCUGAUGUAUCGCAUCUACAUGGCAGAAGACUAACUUGCCUCUCCAAACCAAGGAAGGGGAAAGACUGCCCCUCAGAAGGGAGAAAAGAAGCCAGUGUUAAUCAUGUCCACUGACAGACACCUUCCGCUGAGAACGUAAUUGUAAUAUAUCUGUUUCCCUUUCCUUCUGUGUUAGUGGAACCAACGAGGGGCUCUUUGUACUCUUCAACUCUGCAAAUGUGCCUUUUCUUUCAUCAACUCCAUUUUGAUGUUUCUUCACUACAUAAUUUACUUAUUGUAAGCACGAUCUUUUUAAAAUAUAUCUGGCUUUUAAAACA